AUGGAAGAAGACGACGAGAUUCCUCCGGCGACCUUCCAUUUACCAGAUGUUUCGGCGUUGACGCCUCUCGCCCAGGCGGAGGCGGAGGUCGGAGGAGGAUGGAAUACCGGGAAUCUGAAGUAUGAGCACUGGAGAGAAGUGGUAGAGAUCGUGAGCAUGGCGGGUUUCGGUGAGUAUGGGAAGACCAAUGUACAGUGUAAGAACAGGAUCGAUACGGUGAAGAAGAGGUAUAAGCAAGAGAAGACGAGAAAGGCCGCCGGUGGUGGCCCCAGCAGUUGGGUCUUCUUCGAGAAGCUUGACCGAUUAAUCGGAGCCACCGCGAAUUUCCCAAGCAGCGGUUGUGGCCGUCGUAGAGGAGAGUCCUUCCAGAAGGUUCCAAUGGGAAUCCAUACGAACAGUCGUUCGAAUCUGUACCAACGCCAGAUGGAGCAACAAGCCCUUGUGAAAAGGUGUAGUAAAUCAACGCCACGACAGUUCAGGUCGGAAUCUGACUCUGAGACCUCUGGCGACUCCGAAGAUAGUCUGCCUCCGCCGCUGAUGUUGCCGCCGGAGAAGCGGUUUAAGAUAGAUAAGAUGGGAGGAGGGAGAGAAAUGACAGAAUUGGCGAGGGCGACUCUGAGGUUCAUUGAAGUAUAUGAGAAGGCGGAGAGAGAGAAGCUGAAACAAACGGCGGAGAUGGAGAAGGAGCGGAUGAAGUUCUUGAAGGAGAUCGAGUCGCAGAGAAUGCAGUUCUUGAAAGCCCAUAUGGAGAUAACACAGAUCAAGCUAGAGAUCAUGAAGAUGAAGAACAUGUAA